AUGAUGUUGGUAACACUUUACCUGCUGGCGUGUUUGCUAUGUCACCCGGUCACAGCUGACACCUCCGUCGCCGAUACAGGAGAAGUGAAAAACAUAAAAGAAAACGAAGGUGCUGGGAUCAAAGCAGGCACAGUCGUAAAUGAACAAGUACAAAAUGAGCAGUCAGACAUAGACGCUGCCAAUUUCGAUAUAAGUAAUGGAAACAUUACUAAAGACGAUACAGCACCUGCUAACAACGAUGAUACAGACCCUGUUAACAACGAUGAUACAGACCCUGCUAACAACGAUGAUGCAACGUCUACCAACAACAAUGAUAUACCAUCUAUCAACGGUGAAACAAUUGAAACAUCAUCAAACAAUGAUGACACAAAUCAUGAAAACAACGAUGAUACAGCGUCUACAAAGAACCACGAUUUAUCCUCUAACAAAGACGAAACAACAUUUGUUGAUAAUGCUGAAACAAGCCCUGUAAACAACAAUGAAAUCCUAUCUAAUAACGGCGAUGCAACAUCUAACAACGACGAUACGUCUGCUCCUAACGAUGAUACAGCGUCUGUUAACAACGACGACGUUACAUCGUCUAACAACGACGAUACAGGCUCUGCUAACAACGACGAUACAGGCUCUGCUAGCAAUGAUGACGUAACACCUACUAAUAACGAUGAUACGGAUUCUGCUAAUAACGACGAUAUAACAUCUGCUAAUAACGACGAUACAGGCUCUGCUAGCAAUGAUGACGUAACACCUACUAAUAACGAUGAUACGGAUUCUGCUAAUACCGACGAUAUAACAUCUACUAAUAACGAUGAUACAGGCUCUGCUAACAACGACGAUACAGGCUCUGCUAGCACUGAUGACGUAACACCUACUAAUAACGAUGAUACGGGUUCUGCUAAUAACGACGAUAUAACAUCUACUAAUAACGAUGAUACAGGCUCUGCUAACAACGACGAUACAGGCUCUGCUAACAACGACGAUGUAACAUCCUCUAAUAACGAUGAUACGGACUCAGCUAACAACGACGAUAAAUCGUCUACAACCAGCGAUGAUACGGGCUCUGCCAACAACGAUGAUGUAACAUCGUCUGAUAACGCUGAUACGGGCUCAGCUAACAAAGACGACAAAUCGUCUCCAAACAACGAUGAUACGGGCUCUGCUAACAACGAUGAUUUAACAUCGUCUAUCAGCGAAGAUACAGGCUCUGCUAACAACGAAGACGUAACAUCGUCAAAAAAUGAUGUAAUAGCCUCAGCUAACAACGACGAUACAUCUAACAACGACGAUGUACCAGCUAUCGAUAACGAUGAUGCAAACACUUCUAACAACAAUGGUGACGAUAGCGAUGUUUCAAAUACCUCUAAUGGCGAUGCUUCUACCACUCCUGAUGACGAUACUGCCGACAAGAGUAAUGACGAUACCAGUGGCGAUGACGCGGGCGUUGAGGACAAUAGUAGUUCAUCCACUAAUGACGAUGAUAAUACAGAUAAUACCAGUGACAUUGUUAACGACAAAGAUGAUGGUGAUGAUGACGGCGCAAGCACCUCCUCUAAUGACGACGACAACGACAACAAUAUUGAAGGUACCGGUAGUGAUAGUAACAACGACGAUGACGGCGAUGAUAGUGCUGACGACACUACCCCAAACGAUGACACUAUUGACGAUUCAGUAACGUCAAAUGACGACGAUGAGGAUACUAGUGAUUUGAAUGAUGCCGAAAACAAUGAUGGAGAUGAUAGUAUAUCCAGCAACAACGAUAAUGACGAUACAACUUCAGAUAAUGAUGGUAACGAUGAUGACAUUUCAGCAAUAGACAGGAAUAAAAUUUCCAAAAGCGGAAGCACUUUCAUUGUCAAUUCAAAUACUGUUACAUUCGAUGAACCACCAGACGACGACGAUGACGACGACAAUGAGGAUAUCGAUGACUCAUCGCUUUUUAAUUCCAUGGAAAUACCUGACCUAACAGAAAGCGUCAUUAAAGAUACAGGAAAGCUAACAAGUGAUACAAACGAUGUCACAACAGGGUCAGACGAGGAUCACUCACUUCUAUCUGCAAGUUCAACUUCCAAAGGAACUGCCGUAGUACCUCCACAAAUGUCUUUGGCUGAACAAAUUCAGGCUCAAAAAGCCUCGGCUAAAGCUGACAACGGUCUCAUCACACCUCUUUUCGACGACGCUUCUAUGUUGAAUUUACUUCAAGAUUCUUCUACGUCCCGCCAUAACUCGGCAACAUCCUCGUCAAAUGCGCUAUCGUCCCUACAGACUAACUUCCUCUUACAGGACGCAGCAGCAGUGUCAAAUUUCGUGCAGUCUAGACAAGUCGGGUCGUCUUCAGUUGUUGCCAAGACCGGCUCCAUUCGCCGGACCAAUGAUGACGGGAAUCUCCUGGCAGCAGCGCUAGGACUACAGCCAUUGCCGUCGUCACAGAAACAAGAUGAUACGAGUAGUGAACGAUUCGAUCUUGGUGAUGAUUCGGAUUCCAAUGAAAAUUCUAAUCCAAGCGAAGUAGAUCUUCAAGAAAAUGGUCGUUCUACUACAUCGGACAGUUUUGACGAUGAAAGUUUAUCCGAGUUUAUUGAUAGUUUAAGUCCAGCGGAGUUAGACGCCAUGUUGGCAACAGAGGACCUCACCAAUUUUAUUAACCUUGACAGACUCCCGGGAGCUCAAGGAAUACCAGUAGCAGCUUUUGAUGAGCCGUCAACAUCAUCUACAGGAGAAAGUAACACUAACACAAAUAAUGAGCAGUUAUUUGAUAUAGACGAUAUGCUUUCAGACUUAAGAAUUACCUUUCCGCAACAAGAGGCGUCCUCAUUCAUUGAAAAUGCAAACGAAUUUGGCAGUGUAAUGCAGUCAACGUCGUCAGCUCCGUCGUCCACGAUUAAAUCGACAGGUACACAAUCUAACACAGGCAUAAUGUCGCAAAUAUUGACAGGACUGAUGCCUGCUGGGUUCCGUCCUUCAUCGUCAGGUCAAGAAUCUACCCGCCACGAAACUUCUAAACCAUCGUCCAAGGAAUCGAUUGUCGCCCGACCGUUCGAACAUCCGACCGAACCAAAGGACGUUUCAUCAUUACACGGAUCACUAAGCAGUCACACACGGACCUCCGAGGCCACGCCAUUAGUGUCGCCUACACUGUCAGAGAUCAUCUUCUCUAUGUUUCCUGAUAACAGUAGGAAUUUUGAGUCAGCGUCACAAGGACAGGGUACAGGAAUGUUCGAGUCACGGUCACGAGAACAAGGAAAAGGAGUGUUUGAGUCAAAUUCACAAAGACAGGGAAACAGCGUAUUGCAGUCACCGUCUAAAGGACAAGUACAAGGUAUCGGUGCGUUCGAGUCAGGGUCUCGAGGACAGGGGACAAAUGGUUUUGAGUCAGCGUCAUUAGGGUCGGGUGUCAGUGUGCUCGAUUCAGCGUCUUUAGGACAAGAACAUGGACAGGAUGUGUUGAGAACCCUAGGGAAUAGAAACGGCUUCACUAAUGGUAAUGGUCAAGACUUCAGUCUUCUCAGCUCCUUAGGGACAUCUGAUGCACAAGCCUCUCUAAGUGCCUUUUUAUCCAGAGACGAUCUUAACACAGAUUCUUUCCUAGACAGUUGGUUAGAAGAUGAUCGUAAUUUAGGAAUGUUAAGUGCACUUUUAGAAGGAAAUGAAAGAAAACAAGGCGAUGCUGUUGAGUCAAGUCGAAAUAGUUUGAGAGGAGAAAAUUCAGAUGAGAAUGAUUCUAGUGAAAACAGUGAUGAUAGUUCAUCGAGUCCAACUCUUUCCGAUAAUCAAAGCUCAGAUGAAUCCGGAGAGAAUAAUUCGGAAGAUGACAGUACCGAUGAUUCGACAGAACAGCAAUCUGGUCAAAAUGCUUCCGGUGGACAAAACUCGGAUGAAUCGGAUAAUUUAGGUGAUGGCAAUUCUAAAGCAAAGAGUUCGAGUGAUGACGACUCAACUGGCUCAGAUUCAUCUGAAUCUGGUUCAGAUUCAUCUGGAUCUGGUUCAGAUUCAUCUGAAUCUGGCUCAGAUUCAUCUGCAUCUGGUUCAGAUUCAUCUGGAUCUGGUUCAGAUUCAUCUGGAUCUGGUUCAGAUUCAUCUGAAUUUGGCUCAGAUUCAUCUGGAUCUGGCUCGUACGAACUUGAUUUUAGUGACCUUGACCUAGAAUACCUUGAUGAAGAAGAUUUAGAAGAGCUAUUUAAACUUCUUGAUGAAUGA